AUGCGACAAUGGAUCGACCUCUGCGUUCGCACUCACAGACUGAUUCGGGCCAACCCUGCGUUUGAUCGAAUGAAGAUUUCAGGUCCAACUCUGGCCGCUGAUCCGCAUAACACCAAUAUCUGGAUUGCAGGUAACAACACCAUUCCAAACCAGAUUGAGUAUCGUCUUGAAGCCGGUCCGGGUACUGGGACUUCCCAGUCAGCUUACGAUCUUACCAAUGCCUAUCCAUCUGUUGUUGCCAUGCUUCGCUCGUACGGCAUUCCGGAAAGACCUCAAAUUAUAAACGACUAUGCUUCUUUCCAGGAGCAGAUCCCAUUCGGCGCAGCUUUCUGGAUUUCACAGCUCAAGAGAUACAACACUCACGCUCUACGCGGUAAUUGGCAAGGUGGAAAUACUCUUCACGAUCUUAUGGCAAACCUUUUGACGAAAAGUGACCCCUUCAAGUAUACCGCCACUGGCUACAUGCCCGGUCCGAAAUACACCGUCUAUCAAAACUACUAUAAGAACAUGACUGGAGUUCGUGUAGAUAAUACCGGGGGCGACAAACCUCCAGUUUGA